GGUUGCGAACAGCAACAAGUGUUCAUUGCGCCUACGACCAGGCAACCAAACACGCAUGAAUGAUAUAAGUUGCAAUUUCACGGCGUUACGCAAGCUGCAGAUAACGCUCGACAGUUUCGAUCCUAACCUCAAAGUGUUGACGACUCGAGGACAAGCAAGCGACGAAUAAGUAAGGAAAAAUGUCAACAGUUACCUUCAAAACAGAUCCCGGAUUUUGCCCUGACUGUGGGUCAAUAUUACCGCUGCUGGUGAAUGUCGGCGGUGUUGCUUGCUACGGCUGUAAACGGAACUGGGGAGCAGAAGUUUUCGGGGACAUGGCAGUGUCGUAUACCCUCAAUUUCAACAGCAAGGACGUUUACGCGUCGUCAGCAAAGCAUGGAGAAGCUGCCAAUGAUGAAGAAGAAGCCGAAGGUCCGGUCGUUGAAAGGCGAUGCCCUCAGUGUCAGAAUGACAAAAUGUCCUAUGCGACGCUACAACUCAGAUCAGCCGAUGAAGGGCAGACUGUUUUCUAUACAUGCACCAAGUGCAAAUUCAAGGAAACUGAGAACUCGUAAAUUCUCGAAUUACUUGGAGAUGACCACUGUGUAUUAAGGUUUAGUUUUUAGUUAAUUAUAAGUACUUUUCGUUUUCUUUUACAGAAUAAGAACAUCAAUUUAUUAUACUCACCCACAUGCCUCAUUUAUACAUACACAAACAACAAAUUUAGUGUCAAUAUUUUUACGUAAUA